AAUGAUUGAAUUAUUACUCCUCCUCUAUAUCGUGGUGUAUUGUCCUUUGAUAAUCUACGUUUAUUCAACCUUAUUAAAGAAAUACGAAGAUCCAAAAUACCAUAGAACAGAUAUUCCAGAUAGAUUCUAACCAUUUAGAAGAAGAGAUUACAAGAAUUGGAACAAAUUAGAGAUCUAUUUUGGUGCAAUAGUAUUGUUACCUCUUAGAUUAAUAUUUGUGUUGGGGUCUCUGUUUGCCUUUGCAUUUGUUUUUUUUGUGACAACUAAAGGUUCAUAAAUUGUGAUAUAAUUUUAAAAGACUUUAAACUAGAAAACCCAUGGCCUGCUAAUCGUUAUAGAUUUUUGAGAUAACCUCUUUAAUUUUUGGCUAGAGCUUACCUAUUUUUUUCUGGCUUUUAUUAAAUUAAGUAGAGAAUUGUGAAGUAAUAAAAAUUAAUAAUUUUUAGGUAUUCUGAUUAUGAUGAAGCCUAUGUUUAAACUUCAAUUAAUAAUCUAAGUUAACCAUCAAUAAUUGUAUCAAAUCAUGUCAGCUGGUAUGACACAAUUACAUAUGUUUUCAAAUAUUUGCCAUCUUUUGUUUCUAAAGACACAGUAAAGGACUACCCAGUUUUUGGUUGGAUUACAAUGAAUCUAAAAAGUAUAUUUGUUGAAAGGGAAAAUGCAACAAAUAGAAAAUAAGUUAUGCUUGACAUUUUGAAUAGAGUGAACUUAAUAAAUUAAGGACAUCUAUUCCCUCCAGUUCUUAUAUUUCCUGAAGGAACAACGUCUAAUGGAAACUAUAUUUUAUCAUUCAAGAAAGGUGCAUUUGAACCAUUAUAACCAAUUAAAAUUUGCUGUUUAAAAUAUUCACCAAGAAGAUUUAGUGUAGCUAUGGAUUGUAUAGGAAUUUAUGGUAUUAUAUUUCACAAAUCUUAGCAACUACUUUGUUGUCUUUAGUUUAAUGGAAAAAUGAAUUAGAAAUAAUUGAAUUCGAAGGAUUAUAUGAUCCUGCAUAUUUAAAAUUAGAAUAAUAUCCUGAGGAAAAAAGAGUAAAAAUUAUUAUUUAAAUUAUUAGUGGGAGAUAUAUGCAGAAAAAGUGAAAGACAUAAUGAGUAAAUGUCUUGAACUUGAAAAAUCUAACUCUGGAUUUAGAGAAGAACACGAUUAUGAAGUUGAAAUUUUAGGGGAAAAGAAAAAAAAGUCAACAUAAAUUACAAAAUAGUCAAAUUAAACAGAUGAUAAAUAAAAGGUUGAAUGAUCAAUUUAAACUACAACUAAUUAGUCUAC